CCUCCCCCCGCCGGCAAUGACCCCUCAGUGGCGUUCGCCGUCAUCGCAGCGCUGAUCUCCCCCCACCGCCACCACCGCCGCCGCUGUCGCCUCCUCUCCUCUCCGAUCGCUCUCCGCCUCUCGCCUCUUCGUUGACGACUCCGCGCCGAGGAGGGAGCCACGCGGGGAGUUCUCUGCGGGGGCGUUGCGGGCGGGCGGCCGCUGGGGAACAGCAUGGCGGAGGUGGACCCGGACACGUUGCUCGAAUGGCUGCACAUGGGCCAGGGUGACGAGAGGGACAUGCAGCUCAUCGCCCUGGAGCAGCUGUGCAUGCUGCUGCUCAUGUCCGACAACGUCGACCGCUGCUUCGAGACAUGUCCUCCUAGGACAUUCCUGCCGGCCCUGUGCAGGAUCUUCCUGGACGAGUGCGCGCCGGACAAUGUUUUGGAGGUGACCGCCCGAGCGAUCACCUACUACCUGGAUGUCUCCGCCGAAUGCACGCGCCGCAUUGUGGCUGUGGACGGUGCCAUCAAAGCUCUGUGCAACCGUCUGAUCGUGGUGGAGCUCAACAACCGCACCAGCCGCGACCUCGCCGAGCAGUGCGUCAAGGUGCUGGAACUGAUUUGCACUCGAGAGUCGGGGGCCGUGUUCGAGGCCGGCGGGCUGAGCUGCGUCCUCCAGUUCAUCCGCGACUCGGGCCACCUGGUGCACAAGGACACGCUGCACUCGGCCAUGGCGGUGGUGUCGCGCCUGUGCAGCAAGAUGGAGCCGCACGACGCGUCGCUCGAGUCCUGCGUCGAAGCCCUCUCCGUCAUGCUCAAGCAUGAGGACCCGCAGGUGUCCGACGGGGCUCUGCGCUGCUUCGCGUCUCUGGCCGACCGCUUCACUCGCCGCGGCGUCGACCCGGCGCCGCUGGCCAAGCACGGCCUCUCCCUGGAGCUGCUCGCCCGCCUCGCCUCCGCGGGGGCGUGCGGCACGACGGGCACGUCCGGCACCCCCAAGGCCGCCCGCGGCCCCCCGUCGUCGGCCAUCGCCACCGCGCCGGACUCGAAGAUGGUCAGCCAGGUGUCGACCAUCGUGAGCCUCCUGUCCACCCUGUGCCGCGGCUCCCCCAUCGUCACCAGGGACCUGCUGCGCUCGGUGCUGCCGGAUGCCAUCGAGAGCGCGGUGCAGGGCGACGAACGCUGCUCGCUAGACACGAUGCGCCUCGUCGACCUGCUGCUCGUGCUGCUCUUUGAGGGCCGCAAGGCGCUGCCCAAGUCCACGUCGAGCCUCAGCAGCCGCAUCCCCGGCCUGCGCCGGCUCGAUAGCUCCGGGGAGCGCUCCCACCGGCAGCUCAUCGACUGCAUCCGCAGCAAGGACACCGACGCGCUCAUCGACGCCAUCGACACGGGCGCGUUUGAAGUCAAUUUCAUGGAUGAUGUCGGACAGACGUUGCUGAACUGGGCCUCUGCGUUUGGCACUCAAGAGAUGGUGGAGUUUCUGUGCGAACGAGGGGCUGAUGUGAAUAGAGGUCAGAGGUCGUCGUCCCUACACUACGCAGCUUGUUUCGGUCGCCCACAAGUGGCAAAGACCCUGCUGAGACACGGAGCCAACCCAGACCUGCGUGACGAGGACGGGAAGACGCCUCUGGACAAGGCCAGGGAGAGGGGACACAGCGAGGUGGUCUCCAUACUGCAGUCUCCCGGUGAGUGGAUGUGCCCCGUGAAUAAAGACGACGAGAAGAGGAAGAAGGACUGCGGCCACAAAGAGGAGGAACUCAACGAGCCCAAAGGCGACCCGGAGAUGGCGCCAGUCUACUUGAAACGCUUGCUGCCCAUCUUCGCCCAGACCUUCCAGCAAACCAUGAUGCCCUCUGUGAGGAAAGCAAGCCUUGCACUUAUCAGAAAAAUGGUGCACUAUUGCCCUGAAGCACUUUUAAAGGAAGUUUGCGGAUCAGAUUUGGGCCAUAAUCUGCCAAUCAUUCUAGCAGAGGUCACCUCGGCCGUGUUGGAUCACGAGGAUGACGACGACGGUCACCUGCUGGCGCUGCAGAUGAUCGACGACCUCGUGGAGAAGGGAGGGGACCUGUUUGUGGAUCAGCUGGCCAGGCUGGGCGUCAUCAGCAAGGUGUCCAGCCUGGGCGGAACGGCCUCCGACGACGAGAACGAAGACGACGCGCAGGUGGACAAGAUGUCCAGUAGGGGCGGAUCGGCAAGUCACAACAGCAAACAAAUCAAAAACACGAUAGGAGUGCAAAGUAGAGCAAAGCAGGAGAGCCCUCUGCACGAAGACGCCAAGGAGCUGGUGCAGGGGAAGCCGUUCCACUGGCGCGAUUGGUCGGUGGUGCGCGGCCGCGACUGCCUCUACAUCUGGAGCGACGCAGCCGCCCUGGAGCUCUCCAACGGCUCCAACGGAUGGUUCCGCUUCAUCCUGGAUGGGAAGCUCGCCACCAUGUACUCCAGCGGCAACCCGGAAGGUGGAUCCGACAGUUCAGGCGGCUGCAUGGAAUCGAACCCGGGAUUUCAACGGUGCCGGCUCAGUGCUCUGACCCCCGAGCCACGCAACAGCCUCUUGUUGCAGCUUCCUUCAAAAGAGAGCCGCAGUGAGUUUCUGGAGAAACUGCAGCGAGCCCGUGGCCAGGUGAAGGCAGGCACCCCGAGCCAGCCCGUCCUGUCCGUGCCCGGCCCGAGCAAGCUGGUCGUGGGUAACUGGACCCUGACCUGCCUCAAGGAGGGGGAGAUCGCAAUACACAACUGCGACGGGCAGCAGGCCACCAUCCUGAAGGAGGACCUCCCGGGCUUCGUGUUCGAGUCGAACCGUGGCACGAAGCAUUCCUUCACAGCCGAGACAUCCCUAGGAAGUGAAUUUAUUGCAGGGUGGACGGGGAAACGAAGCAAAAAGCUGCGUUCCAAACUGGAGAAGACAAAGCAGAAGGUGCAGAUCAUGGCGAAGGAGCUCUAUGAGAACCACUUCAAGGCGGUGGAGAGCAUGCCCCGGGGCACCGUGCUGGCGCUGCGCAACAUCGCCACGCGGCUAGAGUCGUCGUGGGAGCUGCACUCCAACAGCAGGGGUCAUGAAGCCGACAACAACUGGGUGGAGCUGAUGAAGGCCUCGCUGGAAGACUUAACUUUGCUGCUGAAAGAUGAAAACACUAUCAGUCCAUACGAAAUGAGCAGCAGCGGCCUUAUACAAGCACUUCUUACUGUGUUAAACAAUAAUGUGAAUAAGGAGCAUCGCCACAGCUGCAAGCAGAUCAUUGAGAGGAUAAACAUCUUCAAGGCCGCCUUCAAGAGGAACGACGAUGACGAAAGCCAUCUGGCUGUAGCCUUGGUGCGAAAGCUGAUCGCCGUUUUGGAAUCCAUCGAGAGGCUGCCUCUGUAUCUCUACGAUGUUCCUGGAACACCGUACAAUCUUCAGGUAUUAAACCGGCGUCUCAGGUUCCGUCUGGAGCGCGCGCCGGGGGAGACGUCGCUGAUCGAUCGGACUGGACGGAUGCUCAAGAUGGAACCGCUGGCCACCGUGGAGAGUCUGGAGCAAUACCUCCUCAAGAUGGUUGCCAAGCAGUGGUACGACUACGACAGGUCCUCAUUUGCGUUUGUGCGGAAGCUCCGGGAGGGGCAGACCUUCGUCUUCAGGCACCAGCACGACUUCGAUGAGAACGGCAUAAUUUUUUGGAUCGGCACCAACGCGAGAACCGCCUACGAGUGGGUGAACCCGGCCGCCUACGGACUGGUCGUGGUCAGCUCGUCGGAGGGCCGCAACCUCCCGUACGGCCGCCUGGAGGACAUCCUCAACCGGGACAGCUCGGCCUUGAACUGCCACACCAACGACGACAAGAGCGCCUGGUUUGCCAUCGACCUGGGCCUCUGGCUGAUCCCCACGGCGUACUCGCUGAGGCACGCGCGGGGCUACGGCCGCUCCGCCCUGCGCAACUGGCUCUUCCAGGUGUCCAAGGACGGACAGAACUGGACGACGCUCUACACCCACAGUGACGACUGCGCACUCAACGAGCCAGGGUCCACAGCCACUUGGCCACUUGAGUCUCCGAAGGAUGAGAAGCAGGGCUGGAGGCACGUUCGCCUGAAGCAGAUGGGGAAGAACGCGAGCGGGCAGACCCACUACCUGUCCCUGUCUGGCUUCGAGAUAUACGGCACGGUCACAGGCGUGUGCGAGGAUCAGCUGGGUAAAGCGGCGAAGGAGCAGGAGGCCAACCUGAGGCGUCAGCGCCGGCUGCUGAGGUCUCAGAUCCUCAAGUACCUGGUGCCGGGCGCUCGUGUGGUGCGGGGCAUCGACUGGAAGUGGCGCGACCAGGACGGGAACCCCCCGGGGGACGGCACGGUCACCGGGGAGCUCCACAACGGGUGGAUUGACGUCACGUGGGAUGCCGGCGGAUCCAACUCGUACCGCAUGGGCGCCGAGGGGAAAUUCGACCUGAAAUUGGCUCCGAGCUACGAUCCGGAGAUCUCGGUGUCGCCGAAGCUGCUCACGCUGUCCGGGGCAACGCAGUCGUGGAGCAACCUCCUGAAGAACAACAGCCAGGAGAAGUCGGCCAUGGCCGGCAGCCGGAAGAGCAGCGGCAGCUCGGUGUGCAGCGCCGGCAGCAGCACCGAUGUGCUGGGCUUGGCCGCCGCCUGCGGGAUGGGUGCCCGUGCGGACGAGAUGACGCGCUCCGUGCUGCGUCACGGCAAGCCGUGCCCCGCCGAGCUUCGGGAGCGGAAGGGCAGCUCGGGCGAGCUUCUCGCGGUCUCCUGCACCGAGGGCCCCCAGACCUUCGUGGUGCUGUCCAGCACCGAGUCGCUGCCCGUGUCGGAGACCGGCUCGGAGGCGUCGGUGGACACGGUGCAGGAGACGACGGGCUCCGGCCUGCCCACCGGCGGCGGCGACAAGGAGGUGAUCGACGCCGGAGAGCGCGGUGGGGGGGGUGGCGGCGAGGCGAGCGGCAUCGCGCUCAACGUGGUGAGCGUGAGCUCGCCCGACGUGAGCUCCGUGUCGGAGCCAUCCAACAAGGAGGGCGGCACGCCGCAGCGGCCGCUGGGCUCGCUCGUGACGAACCGGCUCUCCGUGAGCGCGCUCAUGGCGGCCGGGGCGCCCAUGAGCUCCAGCGCCAGCGUGCCCAACCUGUCAUCGCGCGAGGCCUCCAGCCUCAUGGAGUCGUUCGUGCGCAGGGUGGCCAACAUUGCCCGCACCAACGCCACCAACAACAUGAACCUGAGUCGCAGCAGCAGUGACAAUACCACUAACACUCUGGGCAGGAACGUCACCAGUGCAGCAACUUCUCCCCUUAGCGGAGCCCAGAGCUUUCCAAAUUUAACUGCUGCGGGCACAACGUCCACUGUGACGCUGUCCACCACUAGCGUGACGAGCAGCAGUAAUGUAACGGCUGCGCCCACAGGUUUGUCAGUCAGCCAGUCGCUCAGUAACACGCUGACGACAAGUUUGACGUCCACCACCUCUAGUGAGAGCGACACAGGUCAGGAAGCCGAAUUUUCGCUAUAUGACUUUUUGGACAGCUGCCGUGCAGGCACGCUGCUUGCCGAGUUAGAGGACGAGGAUGAUUUGCCAGAGCCAGACGAGGAGGACGAUGAGAAUGAGGACGAGAAUCGUGAAGACCAGGAGUUCGAAGAGGUCAUGGAGGAGGAGGAAUAUGAGGUGCGGAGCGGACGCAGACGCAUGUGGGAUGACGACUUUGUCCUGAAGCGACAGUUCUCCGCCCUUGUUCCGGCCUUUGAUCCAAGGCCUGGUCGCACCAACGUUCAGCAAACCACGGAUCUUGAAAUCCCACCUCCAGGCACGCCACACUCCGAGCUGAUCGAGGAGAUGGAAUCGAGCUCGUCUCCACAGCUAGCCAUCACUUUGAAAGCCUCGGGCCUGGGAACAACCCAGGAUAUUGACCUACCCUUCUCGUCUCCCAAAGCCACCAUCUUUGCCUGUGUCCAGAAGCUGCUGGAGCAGACGAGCAACGGCGACGUCAAAACGGAAAAACUCAAACGCAUCUGGGAGCCCACGUACACGAUCGUGUACAGCGAACUCAAAACGUCGAACAAAGACAAGGACGACGAGGACAAAUCCGGUUGCUGGUCUGUGGAAUAUGUGGAGCGCUAUCUGGGCACUGAUCACCUUCCCAAAAACGAACUCAUUACGUUCUUGCAGAAAAGUUGUGACACUCAUUUUUUACGGACGUGGAAGUUAACAGGUGCAAGCAAGAACAUUCGAAAGAACCGAAAUUGCUCGCAGCUAAUUUCCGCGUACAAGGAGUUUUGUGGGCAGACGUACAGGACGUGCCCUGCGUCCCACAAGCCCGCCGUGCGGCUGCACGACAAUCAGAUCUUAAGUCUUCCCUGUGAGCAGCCUCAGGCCAAGGCUGGCUCUAGUCAGAACAUGUGCGCGGUGGAGGACGUCCUGCAGCUCCUGCGAGUUCUCUACAGCAUCGCCAAGGACCCCUACUCCAGCUGCAGCCACGGCAUGGAAGGUCUCGGCCAGAGCUUCAACGUGUCUGCGGAAGAAUUCGCGAGCAAGAAGUUAACGACCAAAAUAUUGCAACAAAUCGAGGAGCCGCUGGCGCUAACGAGCGGCGCGUUGCCCGACUGGUGCGAGCAGCUGACCAGCAAGUGCCCCUUCCUCAUCCCCUUCGAGACGCGGCAGCUCUUCUUCACAUGCACCGCGUUCGGCGUGUCGAGGGCUGUGGUGUGGAUCCAGAACAAGCGCGAGUCGGCCGUUGACCGCACGCGCGUGAGCUCGUCGGCGCGCCGCGACGACCCCAACGAGUUCCGCGUGGGGCGGCUCAAGCACGAGCGGGUGAAGGUUCCGCGCGGCGAGUCCCUCAUGGACUGGGCCGAGAACGUCAUGCAGGUUCACGCGGAGCGCAAGUCCGUGUUGGAGGUGGAGUUCAUUGGCGAGGAGGGCACGGGACUGGGACCCACGCUGGAAUUCUACGCCCUUGUGGCCGCAGAGUUCCAGAGGAAGAGCCUGGGCAUGUGGCUGUGCGACGACGACCUUGCCAAUGCUCAGAACCUGCAGGUGGACCUCGGCGACGGCGUGAAACCGCAGGGCUUCUACGUGCAGCACCUGAGCGGCCUCUUCCCGGCGCCGCUCCCGCAGGACAGCGAAGAGGUGGAGCGCGUCGUCAAGCUCUUCUUCUUCCUCGGCAUCUUCCUCGCCAAGUGCGUGCAGGACAACCGCCUCGUGGACAUCCCCCUGUCGCGGCCCUUCUUCAGGCUCAUGUGCAACGGCGACAUCAGCGGCGCGGCGUGCAAGCCGCUGUACGAGCACGGCGACCCGCACGACGGCGACCUCCAGCCGUGCGAGGUGGCGUCCGAGGCGUCGCUCGAGGAGGGUCCCCCCGACACGCUGUCGGUCGGCAGCCUGGAGGACGACUGCAAGUCCGAGUUCAUUCUGGACCCGCCGAAGCCGCGUGCUCCCGCGUGGUUCCACGGCAUCCUGGGCUGGGAGGACCUGGCGGUCAUUAACCCUCACCGCGCGCGCUUCCUCAAGGAGCUCAAGGAGCUGGCGAUCAAGCGGAAGCAGAUCCUCGGCAACAGGUCCCUGUCGGAGGACGAGCGCAACACCAUGCUGCAGGAGCUCAUGCUCAACAACUCGACGGGCACGGGAACUCCGGUGGCCAUUGAAGACCUUGGGUUAAACUUCCAGUUUUGCCCGUCGUCCAAGGUGCACGGCUUCGCCGCCUACGACCUCAAGUCUUGCGGGGAAGACGAGAUUGUGACGUUGGAGAACGCCGAGGAGUACGUGGACCUGAUGUUCGACUUUUGCCUCCACUCCGGCAUUCGGAAACAAGUCGACGCCUUCAGAGACGGCUUCAACCGCGUAUACCCCAUGGAGAAGCUGAGCUCCUUCAGCCCCGAAGAAGUGCAGCUCAUCCUGUGCGGGGACCAGUGCCCGUCGUGGACGGCGGACGACAUCACCAACUACACGGAGCCCAAGCUGGGAUACACGAGGGAGAGCCCCGGCUUCCUCAGGUUUGUGAACGUGCUGUGCGGAAUGUCGGCCCAAGAGAGGAAGGCGUUCCUCCAGUUCACCACCGGCUGCUCGUCGCUGCCUCCCGGCGGCCUCGCUAACCUGCACCCCCGGCUCACCAUCGUGCGCAAGGUCGACGCGACGGACGGCAGCUUCCCGUCGGUGAACACCUGCGUCCACUACCUCAAACUGCCCGAAUAUUCGUCAGAGGAAAUCAUGCGAGAGAGGCUUCUGUCGGCGACCAUCGAGAAGGGUUUCCAUCUCAACUGAGGGGAGGGGGGGGUGCGUGUACAUGGCGGAGGUGGUGGGGAGGGGGUCACCAUCGAUGCAGUAAAGAGAGAGGUUGUGGGGAGGGGGGCGUGGUAGGGAAUGUGUAUCUCUGGUGAAACUCCUGCUGUAGGAUUCCUGUAUCGAUAGCUAUUGCGCUGGGCUUGCUCGUCACGAAUAUUUCUCAACGUAGUCCAAGCCUGAACGUUUGAAUGGCAAUACAGGCUGCGUGCACACGCGCGCCGUUAUGUGUAUGACACUCGCCUUCUGCUAUAAAGAAUUGAGGAUUGUUCACAGCUUGUUUCUCGCUAUCGUUAUCUGGGAUUGCCAAGUCCCUUUUAGUCACAUUCUUGCCGUUUGUUUAGUUUACAUUAGACGUUGUAAUUUAAUCACGAAAUUGUUUCCUUCAAAAAAGUUUAAAGUGCCUCCAUACUCAAAUAUAUUUGAGCACUUGGGUGGUUUUGAGUCUGCGGUGGUAACUCCACGUUUCUAUGACUAUCCGCUUAUCGGAUGACCACUGUUGUUUUCCCACAAUGUGGUGGUAUUUCUUUUUAUUGACCUGGCUUCAGAAGUAGAAGGAUGAUGAUGACGACGACGAAGGAAAAUAAAAUUGGUGGAACAUCCCGCUGCAAAAGACUUUAAGGAAAGCCUUGAGGCUCAGUGGUGAGGCCUUCCUCCUGUACGUAAUGUCAGAGGGUUUGUAAAGUCACGGUGUGUUUGUGGUCACGUGAGCAUUUGGAGUGGCCGGAGCCGGUGGUAGCAAUCAGACACGCUCAGGUUGAGCGUUCGUAUAGCCACGCAACAAGCGCUGUUGGCUGUCCACAAUCGGGGUGCCACGGUGGCUAGGGAGAUGUUAACUCCCUCACCUGGUAUGCAGGAGGUUGUGGGUUCGAUUCUGACCCUGGCACCUGCUGUAUAUUUGGAGUUUGCAUGUUCUUCCCGUGGCCGUGUGGAUUUCUUUUAUCCGGAUCCUCCUGUUUUUCCCUCCACAUUUAGAAUCAACAUGUUUAGAGUGUUUGGCUGCUAUAAAUUUCCACUUGAUAAGCCACUUAGUUGAGCCUAUCAUCUGUGGCCAGGUCGCUCCUGCAAAAGAGCUACAUAGCUCAGUGGGCCUUACCGAGUAAAAUAAAAAUUAGUUCAAUUAAUUUGGUAUGUAUUAUUUCAACCCCCAGAGGUGCAUUGGCAAUAAGGCCGAAUUGAUCCCAGAUCACAGAAUUUGACCUUGUGACCUCUUCCCGUUGUGAGUCGCGACCUCUACCGCGGAACCGACGCAAUUCAAAUGUUUUUCCGUUGCAAGGUGGUGCCGCCAGCCGCGGCACCGCCGUGCGUGCGAAUUCUGUUCCACGCGGGUCGCAGUGCGAGCCGAUGAUUAGGGGAGUCGGCCUCCGCCGUUCCGUGAUCUCGACGUUGAGAGACAUCCACAUCGGCGAUUCCGGCGGCGUAUUUAAGCUAGGCUAGCUAACACGAAUGCAGUGACCUCAAAAACACAAUAAAAAGUGUGACGUCCAACGUAUAUUCUCACACGAACGGUCAGAAGAGUAUCACAGUCGUUGCUCUUUUUUGCCGCAACUCUCGCAUGUGUUUUAAGAAUGGUGGUAACUGAUUUGCAUUUCGUUGAUAGUGGGAUUGCUGUAUUUUGUCAGCAAUAAACUACUUUAACGUGU